AUGUCUAUUGUUCCAUUUGUCUUGAUAUGGAAAGGUGAAGCUAUGCGCGCGCGGUCGCCGUUUUGCAAUUCUCUAAAGAGCGGCGAUGACGACCACAAGGUCUCACAUAUAAACCGCAGUCCAGCGGAGCAGGAGCAGUUGAUGUACUCAUCAGCCUCUAUCAUGAUAAGGGAAAUUGUCUAA